GAGUCCUUCCCUCCUCCCACUCGCUGCCCGCCCGUCAGGCAGGAAGGCAGGCAGUGGUUCUACCGGCGGUUAGUCUCUCUUCUGUGUUGUCCUCCCUCCUCGUUCCCGAUCGCCGCCAGCGGCUGCUACACGGGCGGCGGCGCGGUUCCUGCGGGAAGCGCAGCACAAGUCGAGCGGUAGCCGCGAAGCGUCGAGCCCAACGCGGCGGAGGCUGUGCAGCCAACAUGGCGGCGGCGGCGGCGGCGGGCCCGGAGAUGGUCCGCGGGCAGGUGUUCGACGUGGGGCCGCGCUACACUAAUCUCUCGUACAUCGGAGAAGGCGCCUACGGCAUGGUUUGUUCUGCUUAUGAUAAUCUCAACAAAGUUCGAGUUGCUAUCAAGAAAAUCAGUCCUUUUGAGCACCAGACCUACUGUCAGAGAACCCUGAGAGAGAUAAAAAUCCUACUGCGCUUCAGACAUGAGAACAUCAUCGGCAUCAAUGACAUCAUCCGGGCACCAACCAUUGAGCAGAUGAAAGAUGUAUAUAUAGUACAGGACCUCAUGGAGACAGAUCUUUACAAGCUCUUGAAGACACAGCACCUCAGCAAUGAUCAUAUCUGCUAUUUUCUUUAUCAGAUCCUGAGAGGAUUAAAGUAUAUACAUUCAGCUAAUGUUCUGCACCGUGACCUCAAGCCUUCCAACCUCCUGCUGAACACCACUUGUGAUCUCAAGAUCUGUGACUUUGGCCUUGCCCGCGUUGCAGAUCCAGACCAUGAUCAUACAGGGUUCUUGACAGAGUAUGUAGCCACGCGUUGGUACAGAGCUCCAGAAAUUAUGUUGAAUUCCAAGGGUUAUACCAAGUCCAUUGAUAUUUGGUCUGUGGGCUGCAUCCUGGCAGAGAUGCUAUCCAACAGGCCUAUCUUCCCAGGAAAGCAUUACCUUGACCAGCUGAAUCACAUCCUGGGUAUUCUUGGAUCUCCAUCACAGGAAGAUCUGAAUUGUAUAAUAAAUUUAAAAGCUAGAAACUAUUUGCUUUCUCUCCCGCACAAAAAUAAGGUGCCGUGGAACAGGUUGUUCCCAAACGCUGACUCCAAAGCUCUGGAUUUACUGGAUAAAAUGUUGACAUUUAACCCUCACAAGAGGAUUGAAGUUGAACAGGCUCUGGCCCACCCGUACCUGGAGCAGUAUUAUGACCCAAGUGAUGAGCCUAUUGCUGAAGCACCAUUCAAGUUUGACAUGGAGCUGGACGACUUACCUAAGGAGAAGCUCAAAGAACUCAUUUUUGAAGAGACUGCUCGAUUCCAGCCAGGAUACAGAUCUUAAAUUGGUCAGGACAAGGGCUCAGAGGACUGGACGCGUUCAGAUGUCGGUGUCCCCCCAGUUCUUGACCCUGGUCCUGUCUCCAGCCCGUCUCAGCUUACCCACUCUUGACUCCUUUGAGCCGUUCCGAGGGGCAGUUCUGGUAGUAGUGGCUUUUAUACUUUCACGGAAUUCUUCAGUCCAGAGAGUUCUCCUGCACCAGGCCCUGCACAGUGUGCACUCUCAGUGCACUCAACUGCUCACUGUUGUUUAGUCAGUAACUGCUUUCUGGUUUGAAAGAUGCAGUGGUUCCUCCCUGUCCUGAAUCCUUCCUACAUGUCAUCUACUAAACUGUCAGCCUCCUCAGAGCAAGUCUUAACAGACUUGUUCCAGUUACUGGCCACCCACCUUACAAUAGGGAAGGCUAUGACAUAAGGCACCUUACGUCAGUGACAGCUCCAAACUUACACUCCAUCUGUUGGCUAGUAGCUGUCUGCUCAGAUCGGAGCUUUCGGACGGCCCUGGAUGGUGGUGCAGGCUGCAGGGGCAGGUGCCUCUGUUGCAGGAGUCCUUUGGGGCAUUUUCCUGGGUAUCAUGUAAGUCCCAAAUUUAAACUAUGUGGUAUUUUCCCAGCUCUUUAAGAAUGUGGUCAUUGUUUAAAUGAAACAGAGAGGAAGCAUUGUAUCAGCAAUGAUAUUCUUCAGGUUUGUAUGGUUACUCUAUUGUAAUGGAGGUGUGGCACUUACCAAAAUGUUACACACUAUCCUUAGCCAGAGAUUGAAAGUAACAGCUAUGCUUGUCAUUCGCUGCAAGAUGGACAUGCACAAAGCUGUGGAAGUUUCCAGAAAAGUAGAGAGCAGGCUGACCUAGAUGUUCAGGGUGGAGCACCAUACAGCCUUGAACUGUCCCACACAGAAGGCUGUUUUGUAACCACGUUCACUGCCUGGGGAUUUAGUUAAAGGGAACACUGCAUCUUUGAGUGAGAAAGUGUACAGUUCUUCUCCUGCAGCAUGUCAGCACCGCGAGCUCAUCUUUCAGCAGUGUAAUGACUUGUAUGUAAUAAAGCCUUCAUGAGCUCUCCUCACGAAGCUGUUGCCAAGUUAGAGAUGUUUCUGGUACUGCUGAGUUAAUGUCAUAAAAGGCUAGCAGUAACUGUUCAAGCUCUCUUUUUCUUUCCUUCUCUCCUAUAUUUUGUUCCUGCACUGUGUGCUGUGGAGUUGAUGGUGUUAUCCCAGUGCAGUGCCUCCCAACCCCAUCACUGCUCUCUGAUGAGAAAUUUGCCUUGUUCAAUACUUACUGUGCUAUUGCAUGACUGUUAAGGUCUCUGUGCAGAGACCAAUGUCCAAGUGUCACAUCCUUUGAUUGAGUGAAAUCUGUUGUGACCUCUGAGUUGUAUUCCAUGAAGAGAAUGCUACCCAGAAGAUAAUAUAGGAAAGAUAAUUAUAUUAUUAACUUUUCAUUUCUCAACUGUCCUUUUAUUUUCUUGGUUUUUAUUAUUUUUUUUUGAUAGCAAUGGAAAAUGGGUUCUAUAGACUGCCUGUUAGUAUGAACAGCAGUGCAAUGCACUUGUAACUCAUGGAAAUAAAUGUACAUCUUUAUCUUUACACCGAUGAUAAGACGCAGUGUUGAUUUCCUCUGGAUCGGUGUGUCCUAAUCAAUUUAUAACUUGUGCUUCAGACAGAACUGUUCAUGGGCCUUACUCUAUUUCUCUCCACCCCACUCCCCAUGCACUGCCCCACACAUCAGUUUACAUAAGAUGGCAUGCACCUUUAAUCCCAGCAUUCAGAAGUCAGAGGCAGGUGGGUCUCUGCAUUGGAAGCAAGCCUGGUUUGCAUAGGGAGGUCCAAGACAGUUGGGACUUUCUAGGCCCUAUCUCAAAAACCAAAAGAAAGGUCGUCCCCUUCUGCCCUGAAGAGCAAAUGAAUCUGACAUGGUCCUCUCUUAAAACCAGGUCUCAAGUAGUCAGAACAAACAUACCGAGGUGGAGUCUGGUUCCCUCUGAAAAGGGCCUUCUUGUCCCCGGGGGUGGGGGUGGGGGGGCGAGUUCAGCAUCCCGUGGUACCUGCUACCAGAUUCAGGGAACACUCACAGCUCACAUGGCUCAUCCCAGGAACCAGAUCUCAAUUCUUGGUGUAAAUCCCCGCUAUUCACGUCCACACAUGAAGCCUACCUGGCACUGAAGGAGUGGAGGUUCAGCUUUCAUUGAUAGAGUAGUAGUCAGUUUUCCUUUUUCUUUUUGUCUUUUUUUUUUUUUUAAAGCCCUGACAGUUCUCCUACUUGUUUCUUCUUCAUAUUUUUAAUCCCAUGAGAUUAAUUUGCAGUCUUCUGAACAAGGAAACCAUAGCCUCAUCUUGUUGAAGACUGAACUCUUCCUGGUACUGUGGGGGCUGGGGUUGGCAUGAGAGCACUCACUGCAUCCGAAUGCCUGUACCACAGGUGGUGUGGCUUUCCUCUAGCCAUUGUAACUGACAGCUCAUAGCUGUCAGGUAUAGGAACACUCCGUUAUUUUGAUUCUCACAUUUCUAAAAAUGUCUGGUGUCACUGAGUGCCUCUGCUAUUCAUAUACAUAGAUAAGCUGUCUGGUGGGUGGACUUUUUGUCCAAGUCUUAAAAUGUGAGCAAAAAAAAAGAAAACCAAAAACAUGAAGACACUUGGCAUGAAGAGGAAAGCUAUCCAACCAUCCCAGAGAGCACAUGCUCAUAGCAGCACUCAGAGCUGAUACUAACCUGCUGUGUGGUGCAUCCAUACUGCCCUCACCCUCACCCUCUUAGGAGUACGAGCGAUGGCUGGGCUGGGCGUGACUGUUAGUUUGGGAAGCUGUGAAUUAACAGCAGCUCUGAGGAAUCACAAAGGUAGACACUGCAUGCCACAUAGUAUUCAGACCACUUAGAGGAGACUUCAUCUGCUUAGGAUAAUACUUACAUUAUUAAUAGUUAUGUUUGAACUUUUGGUGACUUAUAUAAUAUGGUAACACAUUCAAAUAUGCAUAUGCUUUGGGUCCUUCAUACUACUUUUAUAUUUGUAAAUCAGUGUUUUGGAGCAAUUCCAAGUUUAAGGGAAAUAUUUUUGUAAAUGUGAUGGUUUUGAAAAUCUGAGCAAUUCUUUUGCUUACAAGUUUUUUUUAAAGCAUUUGUGCUUUAAAAAUUGUAGUGCUAGUGUUUGAAAUAUGGCACCCUAUAACCCAGAUAAGAAACGUAAGAAUGGAGUAAAUGCUGUCAUUUGUCAUGCUGUGUCCACCUUGGCCUGCUGGGUCAACAGUGGGGAUCCAGAGUCCCUAGGUUACAGCAGCUUGUCUGACGCUUGCUGCCUUUCUGUACCAUUUACCCUUCAGAGCACUCCAGACAGUUCUGACACGGCUUUGUAUCUGCUUUGUGCUGUGGAUGCCUUUUUGGUAUUGUAUCCCAAACUGCAUAGAUGAUUUAGGAUAAUGGUGAGUUUAAAAAAUGAAUGUUGAAGCAAGAUUUUAUUAAGAAUUUAAAUGUUUUUUCAUUAUAUUGUUAAACUUGAACAUUUAUCUGUGGCUUAUGUGAUUUGGUUAAUAUGUAUAAAAAUUGUAAGAGGUUUAUAUUUCAUCUUAAUUCUUUUGAUGUUGUAAACAUGCCUUUUAAUUCAUUAUUUGAAUGUUUAUGGCACCUGACUUGUAAAAAGAAUUACCAAAAAAAAAAGUCCUUAGAAUCAUGA